AUGCCUUGUCUUGGUGCCGGUGGCGGUCCCCAGGAAAACAACACCACCGCUCUUCUGGUACGUUCCGUCGCUUCGGGCUGGACAAAAGGAUCCAUUAUUGCCGUAGACGCUGGCGUUCACCUGUCCGCCAUCACCCGUAUUCUCGAGACCUCUGUGCCAUCUGGCCUUGGCAGUACUGUACCGCUUCCCCACACUCUCACAUCUGGGCCAUUUGCCGGCCUUGAGCUUAGGUCAGACACCACAUCGAUUUACCCAUCAUCUAUCGCCGCUCAUAUCACCCGAUCUCUCAUUGAUACAUAUCUAAUCACACAUCCUCACCUGGACCAUAUCUCCGGCUUCGUUGUCAAUACAGCAGGUCUUACUCGGCCCAAGAGGCUUGCCGCUCUGCCGAACACCAUCAACGCCUUCAAAACUCACAUCUUCAACAACAUCAUCUGGCCCAAUCUUUCUGAUGAGAAUAAUGGUGCGGGCAUAGUAACGUACACACGGCUCGUCGAGGGCGGGUCGCCCGCCAUUGGUGACGGCGAAUCUAAGGGCUAUCUGGAGAUUGCCGAUCGUCUCGCCGUUAAGGCGUGGUCAGUCUCUCACGGCCACUGCAUGGAAAAACACCCUCACCGUGGAUCCACCUCAUCCACUGCGACGCCCCUGCGCUAUCCAUCUGUCGAUGCCGCCUCGAUCGCGUCGCCGCGCAUUCUACCUCACGGCGUCGCCCCUAGCACUGCGCCUAUUCCCCGGGCGUCUUCCGUCGCGCCUGAGCCGCAGGCAAGCAUAUGCGUCUAUGACUCGUCGGCCUACUUCAUCCUUGAUCUGGCCACCAACCUCGAGAUCUUGGUUUUUGGUGACGUCGAGCCCGAUUCCCUAUCGCUCUCCCCUCGCAACUUGGGAAUAUGGCAGGAGGCUGCACCAAAGAUUGCGUCAGGACAACUGGCCGCCAUCUUCAUCGAGUGCUCGUAUGACGACUCCCAUUCUGUCGAUCGCCUCUUCGGGCACCUGAAGCCAUGUUUCGUGAUAGAAGAGAUGCGAACAUUAGCCCAGGAGGUCGAGGUAGCGCGACAGGUUGCCCACCUCUCCCGGAAGCGCAAGCGUGUAGCAGACACCGACGGGGUCCCACGGAGACGGACCGGAGGUGCCUUCUCACGGCUUACGGGCGGUGACGAAUCCCCGCUCAGCCCCAAGUCGGUGGCCAAGCGUCAACUCUCGGCGGACAUCGGACACGUGCCACCACUCCCGCCGGCCGCGACGUCGGUGGAGAGCCCAAAGCUCACAACCCCGACGAAGGAGUUAUCACUGCGGGAAGCCGAGGGAUGGAGCGAAAACGAAGAAGGGCACUUUAGGAACCUGCCCUUGAAGGGCGUCAAGGUAGUCAUCAUCCAUGUCAAGGAUCGGCUGGAUGGGCGAGAUCAAGGGAAUGUGAUUCUACAGGAGCUGCAAGCGUACGAGGAGGAAGCCCAAUUGGGCUGCGAGUUCAUUAUUUCGGAGCCAGGCCAGAGCAUUUACCUGUAA